AUGGUUCACGCUGAUGCAUCAAACUUUGCCGACGGCAUAACAAAGGAGGACGCCUAUGAGCAAGUGCUCUGGCAGGCUGAGGGCCUGAUCACUGACCAGCGUAACUGGGUCUGCAACCUUUCAAAUGCUGCUUCCCUAUUGUGGCACGCAUAUAAAUCUCUGGAAUCACCGAGCAAAGAUGUGAACUGGGCUGGCUUUUACGUCCUUGACAAAUCAUCCCAAGAUCCGCAGCUCAUUCUGGGCCCCUUCCAGGGAAAGGUUGCCUGCCAGACUAUCAAGUUCGGUAAAGGCGUUUGCGGAGCAGCAGCAGCGACCCAAGAGACACAGCUAGUCCGAGACGUGGAGGAGUUUCCGGGACAUAUUGCUUGUGAUGGAGACAGCAAGAGCGAGAUCGUCGUGCCUAUUGUGGUUGUUCAGGACGACGGUUCGAAGAAGCUGGUGGCUAUCAUCGACAUCGACUGUGCUGAGCUGAACGGUUUCGACGAGGUUGACAAGGCCCAUCUCGAGCAACUGGCAGCUCUCCUUGCCAAGAGCUGUGACUGGUAG